AUGGCUUGCCGGAGACUAAGAUUGGCGGCGUGGAGCUUGGAUCCGGAGAGGAAGAGCAGCGGCGGACUGAGGACGAAGCAGGCUGGGAGAGGAUCGUGCCGUGGAAGUUAGGCUUAACGGAUUCUGAGUCGCCGGAAGUCGGUGGUCUCCGGCAUAUCUUUGAAAUCCCGGUCGAGCUUGUUUUGUAUUGGAUUGUAAUUGUUCAAGUUUUUGAUUACUGAGAUCGCAAGUGAUGGGCGUUUUGCUCAAAGAAGCGCUUAAGAGGCUGUGCACUGCCAAUCACUGGGCUUAUGCCGUCUUCUGGAAGAUCGGCUGCCAAA